AAAAAGAAACAAACACAAAAACAAAAGCGGGCGCAUUUACAAACCUCACUGAAAAGCAGCUGAUUGUUAGCGUACACGAGCGGGCACAACGUUUGCUGUUUGUAUAGAUUGUCUUCUUAAUUUUGUGUUGUUAUGGAAUAGUGCAGCAAGUUGAAUAAAAAACUUUAAAAUGUUCAGCGUGCCUUUAACACGCGGCAGUUUUGGUAAGCUGCGUGCAAUCUAUCAAUUGGCAGCCGCCACCCCAUUAAGGAGCAGUGCGUCAGUUCGGCCACCGGUUGCAUACUUUCAUCUUAGCCACGCGAAUGCGGCUAAACUUUUCAUGGACAAGGAGAACAAGCACGCACACGAUGUACUAGAGCAAUCACUAAAACCAUAUAAAAUUUUCCGUUUGGAUGUAAACGCAACAGCUAUUGACAAUUUGCCUGAACCGCCAGAGCUGCCUGCGUUGGUGCUAACCUUAAAAACGGCUGAUGCUACAAUUGACGAACUCUUUGGUGCUUUCACUGCCUUGACACAAUAUUGCAUACACACAAAUACCCGCAUCUCGGAUGAGCGUUUCACGGAAUUUUGUCAACAUUUCUGUGAUCAAAGUCAUCAGCUAAGCGAUGAACAGCUUUUGGCAACGCUGCGACAAUUGGCGCAAUUGCCAGAAGAGGUGUCCGUGCGUGAACCCAAUUAUAUGCAAUUGUGGAACAAUUUAGAUGUGGAGUGCUGUCGCCGCAUUGAGCGUUGGAGCAGUGAUGAGUUGUUGUUGGCAUGUGAUGCUUGGUACGCAUUGAACUUGGCGCGCGUUUCGGAGUUCGUAUGGGAGGCGUUGCGUAAGUUGGGACGCAAGAUACGACGCAUGCAACCCGAACAAAUGGUACAAGCCAUGUUCUACUGCAACAUUUUGCGACGGGCUGUGUUCGAAAUGUUUGAAUUCGAAGUGAAUUUGGCGCGCUGUGCCGACACUAUGUCCUUGCAGGAGUUGGGUGUCAUGUCGAUGGGCUUCUUUAAGACAAAAACCCCCAUACGAAAUCCAAAACUGCUGGAUCAUCUGUAUACGCGUUUAAUGAGCGAAACACAAACUGUGGAUGACAUAACAUUGGUGGCUAUCUUGAAAGUGCUCCGUUAUAGCAGCAAGCUGCCCCAGGUGUCGCAGAUGAUGCAGUUAAUGGACGUCUUACAAGCACAAGUAGCGCGCAUUUCACUAAUGAGUUGCUUGCAUUUGGCGCUCUUUGGCGUUGAGUUGCAGUGCUGUCAUGAUGGCGUUUUAGAACUGGUGCUGCAACGUUUCAACGCCGAAAUAGAGCAUGCACGCCUAAAGGAUAUGGAGCGCAUAUGCUUGGCCAUUAGCGUAUUCAAUUAUCGCAGUCCAAAUGGUGUGGAACAGGAGUUAUGUGCAAAAAUUUUAGCCUUACUUGGCACGAAACUUGAUGAUAUCAUGAAGUAUCCGCGUUGUUUUGCCGCUUGCGUGCAUUAUCUAACUUUGUGUGGCUAUUAUAAUGAGGAAAUGCUGACAUCUGUGUUGGACAAGCGUUUUAUAGAUCACGCCUAUGGCAAAAAUAUAACAUUAGGGCGGGAGAUCUUCAGUUUAGAUUCUUUUGUGAAAAUUAAUUUGAAAGAAUCUGGUUAUGCGGGCAAUCAAUUGCCGGAGAAAUCGCGUCGUUCAAUGGGCAAAGUGCUGACGCAGUAUAUACCGGAGCGAAAUACCAAAUUUAGAUUAAAUCAUACGGACCGUAUUUUGUUGGAGAUCAAGGAGACAUGUGAACGCAUACUGCGUCCUAAUACGUUGAAGCAUAUUUUGCCACACUUUCAGCGCCCGGAUGUGAUUAUUUGCUAUGACAAUAAAAAUCGACAAGCGUUAUCGCUUGCAAGCAGCUGCCCAGAGGAUUACAGCGGUGAUAUUUUGACGCGAACACUACUUUUGGGCGAUUCGGACAGUCCGGAAGUGGACACAGUAGCUAUCGUGAUUGUGGGCUGGAAUAAUAUGGUUAAGGAGAAGCAAAGAUUCACGGGCUUAUUUGAGAUGAAGCUAAAACAGUUGCGCCUGCUCGGGCAUAAACCUGUGCCGAUAUAUUGGCACGAAUGGCGCGCACUAGAGACCCCAAUCGACCGUCAGCAAUUCCUGAGAAGAAAAUUAGCAAAUGCCAUUAAUUAUUAGCAUUAAAUGUACAAAUAAGUAUCUCAAAGUUAGUUAGCAAAUUUUGUACCUAAGUAAAGUAAUUCACACCGAAUUAUAAUGGAAACUAUUUCUGGUCCUUCUAUACAUUUAA